AUGUCCAAAUUUGAUCCAUACAGCCAUAUUGGAGUUGCUCUAAAUCCAGACGGUACCCUCACCCGGAACUUAAACUAUCCAACGGUUGAGGCGAAUCCAGAACCUUCUCCGGGAAGUUCUACCGUCUCAAAAGACAUAACCAUUAACCAUGAAAACAAAACAUGGGUUAGAAUCUUCCGACCAACCAAACUUCCUUCCAAUGACAACACCGUUGCAAGGUUACCAAUCUUUCUCUUCUUCCACAACGGUGGAUUCAUCCACUUUACACCGGCGAGCAACAAUAUCCACGGAAACUGCUCGCAAAUUGCGAGCGAAAUCCCGGCCAUUGUUGUCUCGGUUGGAUUUCGUCUCUCGCCGGAGAACCGGCUCCCGGCGGCGUAUUAUGAUGGCUGCGACGCCGUUUUGUGGGUGAAGAAACAAGUGGCUGACCCUGAUGGGGAACAAUGGCUAAGGGAUUAUGGUGAUCCUUCAAGAUGUUACCUCUAUGGGGUUGGAUGUGGUGGUAACAUUGUUUUCAACACCGCAAUUCUUCUACUAGAAGAGAAUUUGGAUCCUCUAAGAAUUGGUGGCAUCAUCAUGAAUCAACCAAUGUUCGGUGGGGUAAAAAGGACAGCCUCGGAGCUUAAGUUUGCAACAGAUCAAUUGUUACCAUUGCCAGUGUUGGAUUUGUGUUGGGAACUUACUCUGCCCAAAGAAACUAACCGUGACCAUAGAUAUUGUAACCCUAUGAUAAAAGGGCCACACUUUGAAAAUGUUAAGAAGUUGGGUAGGUGUCUUGUUAUUGGGUUUGGUGGUGACAUUAUGGUUGACAAGCAACAAGAGUUUGUGACCAUGUUGGUUAAAUGUGGGGUUCAAGUGGAAGCAAGGUUUGAUCAAUUAGGGUUCCAUAGUAUUGAUAUGGUAGACCCUGUGAGGUUUAGUGCGGUUAUGAAUAUUGUCAAGGAGUUUAUCCUUUAA